ACCAAAAAACUAUAUUUCUGAAACCCUAAAAGUGGUUAAGGAAAAAUUGAAAAAAGCCCUAAAUUUGUAAUCCCACUUUGGCAUUGCCAACUUUUCUUUAGUGAAUUAUGUUGAGUGAAUAGUGAUUAAAAAAAGUGAAAAUGACUAUAUUUCGCGCAUUGUUUAGUUUGUUAGUAUUUAGACUGUCAGUUGACGCCCAAUUUGGAACUGUAUCUAUAAGUGUGGAUAUGAGUCCAAGAGCUGAAGACAUGAAUUUUCAAAACCGAUGCCCCGCUAAUAUGUCUUGUGUGCCAAUAAGUGCAUGUCCGUUGUUAGAGGAUUUGUUGGACUUUUCAUGUUUUUCAUCAGACAGGUAUUUCCAUCGCCUCAACUCCCUCACAUGUGGCAACUUUAACAACGAAGACUACGUGUGUUGCCCUUCGUGCGAGUGCGGACGGGUAUACCCACCCGGGACCCAGUCCUGUGGCAAAAGCAUGGUCCAGGGUGUAGACUAUAGCGGCAUCGGCGCUCAUCCUUGGGUGGCUCGAAUAGGAUUUACAAAUAAAGACACUGGUAACGUGAGAUUUGCCUGCAGCGGGUCCAUUAUAGCUAAGCGAGUCGUAUUGACAGCAGCGCACUGUGCUUUGGCCAAACCGGAAGGAUACAAGUUAUCAACGGUUGUGAUCGGCGAAUGGGAUAUAAGCCGUAGUCCAGACUGCAACGAUUUCUUCUGCGCUCCACCAACUCAAGCGAUCAAGGUGGAGAGUGUCUCCGUCCAUCCGGGAUACGAGCAGAAGAUAUUUAGACAUGACAUCGCAAUGAUUAUACUGAAGGAUGAAAUCAAAUACUCUGUGACAGCCGCACCGAUCUGUUUGAACGAUAAGCCGGAAAUAGUGAUCAACGAACGCGCUUCGCUAGUUGGCUGGGGAAAAUUAUCGGGACAAAAUAACUUGGUCGGGCGACAGCAACAGUUGGAUGUACCUCUCGUCUCUCUGGAGACCUGUGAACGCAUAUUCGGGGAAUCUGUCCCAAUUCAUGAGGGACAGCUCUGUGCUGGCGGCGAAGAGGGGAAGGAUGCUUGUUCUGGUUUCGGUGGAGCACCCUUGGCUCUUCAGAAAGAUGGACAAUAUACACAGGUUGGAAUAGUAUCAUUCGGUUCAGAGAACUGUGGCACCGAGGGAGUUCCCAGCGUAUACACCAAUAUAGCUCACUAUCAUAAAUGGAUUGUGGACAACUUGCCAUCGUGAUAUUAUAUUUAGUAUACAUUUAGUAUAUAUAUAACUAACAUGUUACAAUAAGUUUAUGUGCAAUUUAAAUUAAACAAAUGCUAAAAUAAAAAUGUUGUGGU